AUGCGUAAUCAAUACGGGACAAGGGAAAAGUUCCGUGUUCAUACGUCAUCAACGGGGGACAAAGGAAUUGUGCAGCAGCAGUGUUUUAACUAACAUGGAGAACUCCGACAAAAGUCGAAAAGGCGUGCGGACCCGGGGCAAAAAGAAUGACAACGUGGAGAUGGAUGCAUUGGAGAAGACGUGCGUCAGUGGCACUAGUGGUGUCUCCUUGGCCUCCACUGCACACCUGGCAGACAAAAACAAAUCCCAUGAGUUGGAGGUGUAUAAAUUGAGAGUAGAAGACAAAAUUGAUGAGCUGACCAAGGAGAGGGACUAUUUAAAAGAGCAACUGGCAUCUGCUCUUAAUAGAGAGGACACAGGUUCCAGUCAGGCACUUCCCUUAUCAUCAGAUUCCUCCAGUGAUGGCUCAGAUGAAUCUUCCUCUGAAACUAUGUCUGACUCGUCCUCUACAUCCUCAUUAGAGGUGGACAGGAAGAAGAAGAGGACGAAAAGCAAGGGGAAAGGAAAAAAGCAUCACAAGAAGUCAAAGAAAAUGGAAAUGAAGACACGUCAAAGAGCUCAAACACCACAGCAGGUAGUGUCCCGUUACAAAAAAAUUCUUCGGCACUUCAGUAAAGGAGGGACCAUGUCAGCUGCUUUCAAACGUGUUGGCGUGGACCGGAACACAGUAGCAGUCAAUGCUCCAAUCGCAGAGCUAUACAUUGCUGCACCUGACAAAUUUAAGGAUCUUCUUAAAAACCACAGCAGUCAGGUUAAACUAAGUGCAUUUGCCACACAGUGUGCUGCCGCAAUUAAUGAUAAUUCAGCAAUUGAGGAUAGAAUUAAAGCCCUUAAGGCUUCUGGUAAGCUGUUGCCCCUUAAACGGAAGUGAACUCAC